AAACAAAAAAAUGAAGUUUAUAAAAAAGAUAUUAUGUUUGGUUUGUACCAUUUUUAUUUCUAAUUUCCUUAUAUGGCGUUUUUUUAAAUUCAAAACUCAAGAAAUAUUGAAUAAUCAUGUUUCUAUAAAUCUAAAAAGUUCUGGUAUUCAUGAGCAAAAACAAGUAUAUGUUUGGGGAAAAGCUGCUAUUUCAGAAUAUUUCUGGACGCACAUUAUAGAAGGUGUAGUGCAACGUAGUAAUAAAUAUAUUUGGGAUGAAGGUGUUAUUCAAAUUAAUAGUGUUAAGUUGGUUUAUUUUACUGGACCUGCAUUACUUCCAGAAACAGCUCCUAAAGAUAUAAAAGACUUAGUUGUUAUACUUAAUGGAAGAGAAGAAAAAAAAAUCAACGCAAGUUUGAAGUGGCUUAAUUCCCUGCUUAAUAAAAAAUUGUUUCCUUUGCUUCAAAAUCUAGGAAUUAUUAUGCUUGGCAAUGAGCAAUGUAAUAAUAGUUGGUUAAUUGAUUUGUGUAAACAGGCUCUUAAAAUAAAAUUUGUUUUUAUUGUUUAUGACAUUAAUUUGUCUUAUCCUCCUUAUUUUUAUUAUCAAUGGCCAUUGGGUGUUGCAACUUAUAGAAAGUUUCCACUUAUAAAAAGGAAUGAUGUAGACUUACACUCUCAAAGAAUGUAUUUUUGUAACUUUUUGGGUACAAUUUAUAGUAACCAUAGCUUAUCUUCUCGUUCAAAACUUUUUAAUAUAUUAACUGUUGGUCGUUUAAAAACUUUAUGUUACACUAAAGUUCGUUAUUCAUGGUUACCUGCAGAAACUAAGGAAACAUUUGAGCUUUACCACAAAAUAUUAAAGCAGAGUGAUUUAACUUUGUGUCCAGUUGGUUUUAACUCAGAAUCAUACCGUAUUUAUGAAGCUAUGUCCUAUGGAAGUGUUCCUGUCAUUGAAGAUGUAAUGACUCAUGGUCAGUGUUCAAAAGAUUUUAGCAGUGAUAAACAUGGUGCACCAUUCCGUUUACUUAAAACAUAUAAUGCCCCUGUAAUGUAUGUACAUGACUGGUCUGAAUUAUUGUCAAUUAUAGAAUUAGAAAGUAAAAUGCCACAUGUUGAAAAAGUUAAAAGGCGUGAAGCUAUUUUACGAUGGUACGAAAAAUUCAGAUCAAAAAUGAGAGAUGUUUUUUUAGAAGUACUCAGCAAAAGGUUCAAAUAGUUAGUUUAUUUGGACUAAACAUUACUUAAAAUAUUUAUAGAAGUCCAUCUUAGCCUGUUUUCAAAAUUUCCAUAUCAAAAUACAUGUACCACAAAAUACUACAACAAAUUUUGUUCGAGUCCAUACAUAUUCUGUAUCAGUAUAUAAAAAGAAUUAAUAUGUUGAGUGAAAAUAUUUAUAUUUUUUAUAUCCCCAAUAUACAUCUUUUUUUUUUAACA